ACUCAGGUCAGUGGAUCAGAUGGUUGCGGGUUCGAAUUCCAUCCUUUCCAACCUCCAGACACACAUGGAUCAGCCGAACGACCCAUAAAACAUCACGUGACAACUCGCAAUGGCUGGCGGCUACUGUAGUUUUGCCUCAAACCAUCGAUAAGGAUACAUUCGAGAUAACCUUUUUGGGAGACUGCACUGGCAGCCUGAUUCAGGCAUCUGUGACUAUGCUACCUGUCCACAGCUGUGAACCGGGGAAAUGAUUUUCAACAGUCCGCAAGCUCAAAGCUGUUGCGAGCUUCAAGUUUGAACUGAAACGUCCAUCGCCAGGAGCCUUCACAUCUCUCUGAGAAGAUGUCUCAUUGUUGUUGAGGAUGGGUGGGAGUGGGUCCAAAGCCAAAGGUGUGUGGCCCUUUGGCGGGUCCGGUGGAUCGCAGGGCGACACCGCCAGUGAUGUCAGUGAACAGUCCCUGGCACGAAUGAAGGGAUUGAAGAAUGCCAACCCCUUUGUCUUCACCAGAAGGAGCUCCCUGUACUAUGAUGAGGACGGGGACCUGGCCCAUGAGUUCUAUGAGGAGACGGUGGUGACCAAGAAUGGACGCAGGAAGGCCAAACUCAAGAGGAUUCAGAAGAACCUCAUACCUCAGGGAAUUGUGAAGUUGGAUUACCCACGCAUCCACGUAGACUUUCCCAUCGUUCUGUGUGAGGCAUAGCUCUCACAUCAGCACCGGAACAUUCUGGGAGACUACGCUUGUCCAAAGAGUUGCACAGCCUCUACCAGUCCUUUCCCUUUUGUCCAACCUGAGUCUCACGAAACACUCUCUCUCCGUCACUUACCGCCUCCAUUCCAGCCUCACCUUGUUCCUCUGAGAGGACCAGAUUGCCCUCUUGUGGCGAGGACGCGUAACUGACCGCAGGAGGUUUGGCCAAAGAGCUGGAUCUCCAUUGCCGUGCGCUGUGGCAAAGUAACGCGGAGUAUGCCCCAAGCCGGCUUGACUUAUCUAUGCCUUGGCAUUGGGGUGUGUGCCAGUGGUACCGUACAGUAAGGUUGAUGUACAGAAGAUCGUGUGUCUGUUGAUAUGCGUGUUUGUCACUGUUAUGGAUAGGCCGACUGAUAUGGCCCAUGUGAGUGGAGGGGUGGUGGAGGAUGAGUCUGCUCCCCGCGCUUCUAUGUCAGUGAGAUGAGUGCAGCAUGUUCCUUGUUGUUGAAACUUAGUGAUAAAUUAAUCAAUUUUUUUUGUUGUUUGUUUGUUUUUGCUAUUAUUUCGACCAAGCUCAGAUCAGUGAAGGAGUUGUUCCAUAGAGAGGUGUUGCAAUAUUACUUUUCUGCACAUGUCUAUGGCGUUGGCAUACUUGAAUAAAAAAUACUGGACCAUGA